GUAACCGAAAUUCAAUUUAAUAUUAAACUUAAACUUCUCCUACUAAACAAGGACUAGUACUAAUACGGAUAUGUUCCCGAGAUUCCUGUCUACGAGAACAAUAAUUAAUCCUUCAAGAUGGUACUUGGGUCGUAUAAGGAAUUUGUCAUUUACGAAUUUUUCAAGUAUUCCCAAUAAUAUAUGGCCGAGCCCUCACCGAGUUGGAUCAUUAGUAAAGUAUGAACAAACCAGAAAGUUUUCUAAUAGUAUUAUGAGAUUGAAUAAUAUUCAUAAUCAGAAUAAUAAUAAUCAUAAUCAUAAUAAAAAUGGAUCUAAACCCGAAGAAAUAAUACCGAUAAAGGCAUCAGAUUCUCUUAGAUCACAUUUAGAAAUUACUAAAUUAAAGAAGAAAGAAACUCGAAAAGAAGAGAAAGUUGCACAAGAAACUAAUAAGAAAUCCAUGAAAGAUAAUAUGCGAACGUUGGGUCGUAUAAUACGAUUAGGUAAACCUGAUAUAAAAUUAUUUUUAUAUGCUCUUGGAUUUAUAUUAUUUGCUGUAUUAUAUCCAACAACAGCAGUUAAAUUAGUUGGGGCAUCACUUGAUGCUUAUAAUUCCGGUUUAAAAGAUUCUGAUGGUGAUUUAAUUAUUUGGGGUUAUAAAUAUUCAACAUUAUUUGCAAUUAUGGUACCGUUUAUGCUUGUAAGUGCCGCAUGCUUUUGGGCAAGAAUUUGGGUAUUAAAAUUACUUGGAGAAAGAUUAGUAGCGAGACUUCGAUUUAGAGUUAUGAAACAUUUACUUAGACAUGAUUCAGCCUUUUAUGAUAAUGAAAAACAUAAAGUUGGAGAUUUAUUAUCAAGAUUAUCAAGUGAUGCUUAUGUAGUAUCUAAAUCAAUCACAAGUAAUUUACCUGAUGGUUUAAAGAAUUUACUUUUUGGUAUAAUUAGUGCAUUUAUGAUGUAUUCAAUAAAUCCUUUACUUUUCUGUGUUAUGUUAAUGAUAUCUCCUCCAAUAACUUUUGGAUCAGUUUGGUAUGGAGAAAAAAUUCGUGAACUUUCAACAAAAUUACAAAAUGCUGCUGCUGGUUUAACAAAAGUUAGUGAAGAAACUUUAAAUGCUGUUAAAGUAGUUAAAGCAUUUACUGGUGAACAAAAGGAAUUAUCUAAAUAUUCUGAACAAUUGAGAAGAGUAGUUAAUGUAUCUAAAAAAGAAGCACUUGCACAAUCAAAUUAUCUGGUAUCAAUUUAUGGUUUAUAUCAUACUGGUUAUUUAUCAUGUAUUGCCUUAGGUGUUUACCUUAUUUUAAAUGGUAAAAUGACUACUGGUGAUGUUGUAGCAUUCACAAUGUAUCUGGAAUUAUUUAAUCUGUCACUUUAUAGUUUAACAACUACUUAUAUGGAACUUAUGAAAGGUGCUGGAGCUGGAGUUAAACUAUUUGAAUUAAUUGAUCAUGAAAAUGAUGUUCCACCAGUUUAUGGAGAAAAAGCUCCAAAAAGUAUUGAUAAUAGUAUUGAAUUUAAAAACGUAGUAUUUGCCUAUCCUACUAGGCCUAAUGGAAAGAUUUUUAAAGGUUGUAAUUUUAAAAUUGAAUCAUCUUCAAGUACUUGUAUAGUUGCUCCAUCAGGUUGUGGUAAAUCAACUAUUGCAUCAUUAUUACUUAGAUCAUAUAAUAUUCAAGAAGGAGAAAUUUUAAUUGGAGGAAAGAAUAUUAAUGAAAUUCAAGUAAGAGAAUUAAGACGAAAGAUUAUAGGAAUUGUUCAACAAGAACCAGUAUUAUUAUCAGGAUCAAUUUUAGAAAAUAUUGUUUAUGGAUUAACAUCAGAAGAAAUUAAUGAAUUGUCAAUGGAAGAUAUUGUUGAAGUAUCUAAACAAGCAAAUUGUCAUGAUUUUAUAAUUAAUUUCCCUGAUGGUUAUGAUACACUUAUUGGUUCAAGAGGUGCAUCAUUAUCUGGUGGACAAAAGCAAAGAAUUGCAAUUGCAAGAGCAUUAAUUAAAAAACCCAAAAUAUUAAUCUUAGAUGAAGCAACAUCAGCACUUGAUUCAAAACUGGAAAGUUUAAUUAAUGAAACUUUAAAAGAAUUAACCACUCAAGGUAAAAUGACUAUAAUUUCAAUUGCUCAUAGACUUUCAACCAUUUCAAAAUCAGAAAAUGUUGUUGUAUUAGGUAAAAAUGGUAAAGUUAUUGAAGAAGGGAAAUUUCUUUCAUUAUUUAGUAAUCCAAAUUCAGAAUUAUCUAAAUUAUUAGAUGAAUCAAGUUCCCAAACUGAAAAUGAUGAAAUUGAAAAUGAUAAAGAAACUAUUGAAGAACAAGAACAUAUAAAUCAUGAGGCAGAAAUCAUUGAAUUAAAUCAAAAAUUAAGUAAAUUAGAUAUGGUUAAAACUAUGAUUGAUGAUUUACCUUAUGAUAUAAGACAAAAACUACUCGAAGAAGUUUCGCAUCAACAUAUGCCACAAUCAAAGGAUGAAGAGGAUACAUUUGCUGAAGCUAAACAAUUAUCUUCAGAUGAAUUAAAGAGUUAGUUAGUUAAUUAGUUAGUUAACUAACUAAAGAAUUAACCAAUUUACAUGUACAUAGAUAAUAUACUUAAUUAUUUAUUUAUUCUAAUAUAUAUAUUUAUAGAAAAAAAUCAAUCGUAUUGUAUUUUUCAUUAAGUUAGUGAAUUGGACUGUAUGAAUGAAUGAAUCGAAUUUCAUAUGAAUGAAUCAUAUUUCAUAUGAAUUAACCAUAAUUAAUCAUUGUAAAUCAUAUUUCAUAUGAAUUAACCACUUAAAGGUCUUGGUUCACUUUGAACACCAUUUUCAAUCUUUAUAGCUUUAACUUCAGUAAAUCCUCUUCUUUCAGCAGCUGCUUUAGCUUCUGGCUUUAAUGAGGCUCUAACAGUUCUGGCAGCAAUAGAGAGUGCCUUAUUUAAGGAGAUUCCAGCUUGUUUAUAGGCAGACAUAUUGAAUUACUUCUAUAGUAUACUAAUAAUUAAAUUUAUUA